AUGCUCUGGAUGUGGGUAGGAUUUUUACCGGUGGUUUCCUGGAAGUUUUUAUCGUCGGCUCACCGGAAUCAGCAAAGUUCCAUCCUAUCAGGACUGCAACUUCUCUGGUUACUCCCGGGUAUUGGUGUUAAAUCCGCUGGUAACGGCAUCCAGAAAGACUCUAAGCGUGCAGUAAGCCGCAAACGUCACUGCAGUUUCCGGAAAGAAAAUAAGAGGGAAGUCACUUCACAUUGCUCAAGGACGGAAAAACAAAGAACACCUUACCGUGAACACGUGUUCCGGGAAAAGGGCGUCCUCGGCCAAAAAUCCCUCACGGAGGAAAUUCGAAGAAGUGAACGCAACCAGGGGCAAGAUCCCGUGCAGGAAAAUAAAAGUGACGCCGGAAAAAAGGGAAGCCAAUUGCGAAGGAAAAGGGUCGCAGAAAGCGGCCCUUGCCUUCUUUCCUGCUGUACAUUUUCUUGGUACGGCAAAUUUUUCUUUUCCUGCGCAGCUUUGUUCAUACUGCGCAAGUUUCCACGGCGCGUUGGUUUGGCACUUCGAAGGUCCGGCGGAGGGCAACAAGCUUCCUGUUUCUCGAUCCGACAGAGGGCAAAAGAGCUUCCGGUUUCUCCAUCCGGUGAAGAUCAAAAGGCUUCCGGUUUCUCUAUCCAGCGGAGGCGUAAGAAACUUCCGGCGUACACGGCGGGCCGUGUAACAUUUUCGACAGCUCUAGAAACGAGCACCGUUGGGUCAAACGACAACAGCACCAAAGGUAGUAAUUGCAUGGGCAGGAAGAAUCAACUGCCACAUGCUUCCGGUGGUUCCAGUGGCUGGAUUCUCAGAUGUUUGGAUGCGCUGGUCUGCGCGUCAAAUCAAUCCGCCACGCCAAAGGGCUAGCAGCAACGGUGGAAUUCAGCGAGCUGCAGACAGCAGGAGGAUGCAUUCAAAUGCAAGCCGCAAGUGAAGCAAACCA